AUGCGCCAAGAAGCUGGGAUAGAUGCUUCCUCUUCCAGUCUUCCAGCCCGCCGGCCUGCGCUACUGCAUCCCCGGCCAAUCACCGCCGCCGCACUCGCUGGUGGGCGAUGCGCUGCGAGGGCCGCCUGCGUGCAGCGACUCGCCCUGGCCGGCUGGCGGGCAAUGAGCAAUGGGGCUGCAGCGGUCAACCGUCGCAUCCAGUCAACGGGCGGCCAGCCAGGGGAUGCUAGGUGGGGGGAGGGGUGGCUCGCCGGUUGUUGCGCACUAUGCUGUUUAGUCGAUGGACAGGAGCAUGUGUGCGUGUGCGUGUGCGUGUGUGAGAGAGUGUGUGUGGUGUGCAUCGACAAGACCCAGGCGCCGCUCGUUCUCUUUGUGGAGCCAGCGAACCACGCUGUCGGUAGCCAAUCACACGGCCCCAAUAACCGGCCCGUAUCGAAUUGGCUGGGGCGGGCCGAUGAGACGAGACACGCACUCGACCUGGGCGGCUGGCCCGGCGACGACGAGCUUGCCGACGGCGGCAGCACACUGAAAGUGCUAGUACUACAUGUAGCAUCCAUCUGGACGCGAAUAUUCAAAUACACUACACACUCGGAUACUAUCUACUUCAUUCCUCGCCGCCCACCCUCGCCACGCGCAACCUCACACAAAAGGCAUCCCAAUGUCUCGGGAUCCGGCUGUACGUCGGCAGCUCAUAUGUACCUGCCUCAGCAACGUCAUCCGCUCUUGCCCUACAUGCGCUUCCCUGCCCUCUCCCAUCCGCACCCCAUCGCCUCGCGUGUGUGUACGCAACCGAGGCACCUUUCCCCCCACAUCAUCCUGCUCUUCCCCACACUUGCACACAAACUACUAAACACACGGACACACAAACCAACAAGCUCGCUCACACUCACUCUCACCCCCUCCAACGUCGGCACUGCUUCUUCGGUGCCAUCACCCUGCCUGCCCUCUGCCGGCCAAGCACGUGAGAAAUGGCGCCAUAUCCCCAGUUACAUCGUUUCUAUGAUGACUACUAGCCCCCCCCCCACCACUGAUAGCAAGGCCAAAAUCCCGCCCACAUGCCAAUCCAUACCCUCUGCCCUUGCCUGCACAGGGUCAGCCCGGCUUCUCUAUCAACAGCCCAUGGCCAUAGGCCCACUCGCCCCAGCUUCUAGCACAGGACUAUGGUUCAUGUGCCAUCAACCUCCCGUCCCACGCUCCUCGUUGGUCUUCCUCGUCAACCCCCCUUGUCCAUGUGGGCAUCGGAUGGCCCUGCUUGCCGGCCCUCUUUCCUCAACCGGGCAAACUACUCCUCUUACCACGUCAGGUCCAUCUGCCGUCUGGUGCACUCCCAACUCUAUCCCACUGCGCUUUACUUGA